AAUCAAUUUCAUAUCCAAAUUGCUGGCAAAUAAAUGUCAAACAAUGAAAUGCAUUUUUGAAGAAAGUCGCAUAUUUUCGGCUCCGAAACCUUAAAACCCUAAAACAGUCAAACCCUCGCUCUUCUCUGCGUUCUGAAGCCUGAUCAAUCUGCUUUUUCUCUGCAAAUUUAUUUCCUCUCUUGCUCUGUGGUUUCACAGUUACAGUGAGUUCUAAUGGAGGUUGAAACACGUUUCUCCAAAUCCAUUGCAUUGGAUGAGAUGGUUUGCUCUGCAGUGCUUGAAGCAGCUCUUACAGCUCACACCUCGCUUGUUUCGCUUCUCCUCCUGAAUAAAUUUGUGUGCUCGUUCCAUGACCUUGUUGGAGUAGAGAAGAGAUUUCCAUUGGGUGGUCUGAACAGCGCCACAGCGACAGAGGCUGAAAACCAGGUUAUGGAUGAAAGUGAUGAUGAUGAUGAUGAGGAUGAAGAUGAUGAUGAUGACGACGAUAAUGAAAGUGAUGAUGAUGAUGAUGGGGAUUCAGAAGAUGAUGAUGACGAUGAUGAUGAUGAUGAUGAUGAUGAUGGAGAUUCAGAUGAUGCGGAUAGUGAUGGAGGAAGCAGUGAAGAUGAUGACGAUGACGAUGACAAUGAUGAUGAUGAUGACGAGGAGGAUGAGGAUGGGGACGAAGAUGAUGACGACGAUGAUGAAGAGGAAAAGAAAAAGAAAAACCAACCCCCUCCAAAAAAGAACAAAUGAAAGCUGCAUUAUUAUUCCCCUAUAACUUUUCAUCAAUCACUUCCCUCUAAUACAACAUUGGAUAUUUUUGGCCAUGGUUAUAAAGAACAUAUUAAUUUUUUGUCACUC